AUAAACUCUGAAGAACGUGUUGAUACAGCUGAUCAGGAGACAGUCUCUUGGGAUCGCAGUAUUCCUGAAGACAUAAAACAAAAAAUACAGCCUAAAGAGGUUCCAGCAGAAAGUGUUACUGUCUGGAUCGAUCCCUUAGAUGCUACACAAGAAUACACAGAGGAUCUUCGACAGUAUGUCACGACAAUGGUUUGCGUGGCUGUAAAUGGUAAACCAGUAAUAGGAGUCAUACACAAGCCAUUCUCAGCAUAUACAGCCUGGGCAAUGGUGGAUGGCGGGUCAAACAUAAAACCUCGUUCCUCCUACAAUGAGAAAACUCCAAGGAUUAUUGUAUCCCGCUCCCAUGCAGGAAAAGUUGAGCAGGUUGCACGGCAGACCUUUGGAAAUAAGACUGUGAUAAUCCCUGCUGGUGGAGCAG